UGGUCUCCGUCUUCUCCCGCCAAUUUAAACAAGUUGGGCUAGAACCUGAAGGGAUUGGGGGCGGUUGGGGUUAGUCGGGAAGAGGGGCAGUCAAUUGACGUGCUCCGCUUUAGUAUCUUCAACUGCAGGGAAGGCAGUGACUCCCGAACCGGGAAAACAGUCUCGGAAACAUGUGGAAUGAUAUCGAGCUACUGACGAGCGACGACACAGGAAGUGGGUACCUAAGUGUGGGAUCCAGAAAAGAGCAUGGAACUGCUUUAUAUCAAGUGGAUUUGCUGGCAAAGAUCUCCUCUGAAAAGGCCUCAUGCAGCCCGAAGAUACAAGCGUGCAGCUUAAGCGACGGGUUUGUCAUCGUGGCAGACCAGUCGGUGAUCCUGCUGGACAGCGUCUGCAGGUCGCUGCAGCUGCACCUGGUGUUCGACACAGAAGUGGACGUCGUCGGCUUGUGUCAGGACGGGAAGUUCCUUCUGGUUGGGGAGAGGAGCGGCAACCUGCAUCUCAUCCACGUGACGUCCAAGCAGACGCUGCUCACCAAUGCCUUUGUGCAGAAAGCUGAUGGCGAGAAGCGGCCCACUUACCGAGCCCUGGUCAUCGAGGAGGAUGGUUCGGGCGAAGGUAUCUAUUAUAUGCUGCUUCUUACAAACAAUGGAUUUUUUUGUAUCACAAACCUUCAGCUUGCAAAAAUUCAACAAGCGAUCGAAAACGUGGACCUGAAUAAAGCAAAGAAGUUACAAGGACAAAUCAAGUCCAGUUUUAUCUCUGCUGAGAAUUAUCAUACUCUUGGCUGUCUCAAUCUUGUGCCUGGAGAUUUAGCGAGCAAAAUCCCUAUAAUAAUCGGGGGGUUGGGGACCUGUGCGCUCUCCAAAUGGGAACCAGACCCCCUCAAAGCCAUGACGGUUACGAACGUUAUGGAUGCAGAGAUCAUUAAAGGUGCCAAGAAGUUCCAGCUGAUAGACAACCUCCUUUUCGUUCUCGAUACCGAUAACACGCUGAGCCUGUGGGACAUGUACACCCUAACCCCCGUGUGGAACUGGCCCUCCGUGCACGUGGAAGAGUUUCUUCUCACUACGGAAGCAGAGUCGCCGUCCUCAGUCACGUGGCAGGGGAUUACCAACCUCAAAUUAGUAGCUCUGACAACCACUGCUGAUAAGAUGAAAAACCUCAUGGUCUAUUCAUUACCUAUGAUGGAAGUACUAUACUCUUUGGAAGUAUCUAGUGUUUCUUCUCUGGUCCAGACAGGAAUUAGCACAGACACCAUAUACCUUCUGGAGGGAAUGUGCCAAAGUGAUCCAAAUCUUUCUGAAGAUCCGGUCUCUGUUUUAGUGCUCAGAUGUCUUACAGAAGCUUUGCCGGAAAAUAGGUUGAGUCGGCUACUUCACAAACACAGAUUUGCUGAAGCCGAGAGCUUUGCCCUUCAGUUUGGACUAGAUGUUGAGCUUGUUUACAAAGUAAAAGCAAACGAUAUAUUGGAGAAACUAGCUUUGAGUUCUGUGGACACCAGUGAGCAGACCCAGUGGCAAACACUUAUAGAUGAAGCUAAGGAAAACCUACAUAAAAUCCAGGACGAUGAAUUUGUGGUGAGUUACUGCCUGGAGGCUCAGUGGAUAACCUACGAAACGACCCAGGAGAUGCUGAAUUACGCCAAAACCAGGCUUUUGAAGAAAGAAGAUAGAGCCGUUCCUGUCUACUCUUAUGGCUUAAAAGAGGUGCUGAGGGCUCAUGCAAAGUUGACUACUUUUUACGGAGCGUUUGGACCAGAAAAAUUCAGUGGCAGCUCUUGGAUCGAGUUUCUGAAUAAUGAGGAUGAGCUUAAGGAUAUUUUUUUGCAGCUGAGAGAAGGAAACCUCGUUUGUGCACAGUACCUCUGGCUCAGACAUCGGGCAAACUUCGAAAGCAGAUUUGACGUGAAAAUGCUUGAGAACUUGCUCAACUCAAUUCCUACACCAGUCUCUUUGCAAAAGCUCUGUCCGUGGCUUAAGAACGACGUGAUCCCGUUUGUGAGAAGGGUUGUGCCGGACGGACAGAAAAUUCUUGCCAAAUGGUUGGAGCAAGCAGCCAGGAACCUGGAAUUAACUGAUAAGGCAAACUGGCCAGAAAAUGGACUUCAACUGGCAGAGGUGUUUUUUAUAGCAGAAAAACCACACGAGCGGGGGGGACUGGUGUCCUCCUGGCACUGGGUCUCCUUGAAGGACUACGAGAACAUGGAGGAGGUCUGUCAGUUACGGGCUCUGGUCAGUAACUUGCGGGAGCUGAUCACGUUGCACAGGAAGUACAACUGCAGGUUGGCCCUCUCCGAUUUUGAGAAGGAGACUACAACCACCAUUGUGUUCCGGAUGUUUGACCGAGUGUCGGCCCCGGAGCUGAUCCCGUCGGUGCUGGAGAAGUUCGUGCGGGUUUACAUGCGGGAGCACGACCUGCAGGAGGAGGAGCUCCUCCUCCUCUACAUCGAGGAUCUAUUGAAGAGGUGCAGCUCCAAGUCCACGUCACUCUUCGAAACGGCGUGGGAGGCAAAAGCCAUGGCCGUCAUAGGCUGUCUCUCAGACACGGACCUCAUCUUCGACGCCGUGCUGAAGAUCAUGUACGCGGCCGUGGUGCCCUGGAGCGCGGCCGUGGAGCAGCUGGUGAGGCAGCACCUGGAGAUGGAGCACCCCAAAGUCAAGUUACUGCAGGAGAGUUACAAGCUAAUGGAGAUGAAAAAACUUCUACGAGGCUAUGGAAUAAGGGAGGUGAACCUCUUGAACAAGGAAAUAAUGAGGGUGGUGCGGUACAUCCUCAAGCAGGACGUCCCGUCCUCUCUGGAGGACGCCCUGAAGGUGGCCCGAGCGUACCUGUUGUCCGACGACGAGAUCUACAGUCUGAGGGUCAUCGAGCUGAUGGACAGAGAGCAGGGCGAGGACGGUGUCCUUCUGCUGAGGUCUCUGCCCCCGGCCGAAGCCAAGAAGACCGCGGAGAGAGUCACCACGUGGGCGCGGCUGGCGUUGCAAGAAGAGCCAGAGAAUUCUCAAGAGGACAAGGCCUGGAGGGUGUCUGUAGCAAAGACGGCAGUGGACAUUCUUAAGAUGCUGUGCAGCCUUCAGAAAGACAACCCGCAGAAGAGGGACGAGUGUGCGGAAGCCCUGAACCUGUUUAGAACCGUCGCCAGCUUGCAGGAGAACUUUGAGGUCUUCCUCGCGUUCGGAGAUUACAGCAAUCGCGCCCUGGUAGCCGAGCUCCGAGAGCAGCACAUCAGAGCCCAAGAGGCCGCGCAGGCGGAGCGCAGACUCAGGAGCUCCGCGGGGCCGGCAGCCACCGGGGAGAGGAUCCCGAGCGCUGAGUCCAGGCUGCACCGCCAGGCGCUGGCCCUGCAGGUGUCCGAGCAAGAGCUGGAGGCCGAGCUGACCUGGAGGGCCCUCAGCGAUGGGAGCGUGGGGACGGCGCUGAAAAGGUGCAGAGCCUUGUGUGAGUAUCACCGCAACCCCGACACCGGGAGGCUGCUGUUCCUGGCGUGCCAGAAGCUCUGCCACAUGUUGGCCAGCGACGUUCCGAUGACGACACCUGCGGGACUGAACCUGCCUUCCGAGAUACACGACCUCGCCUGCCACGCUGCCACCAUCUGCAGUCCAGACUUCUUGCCCGACGCGCUGGAACUGUGUAAAUACACUCUCAUGGCCGUAGAGCUGUGCAGGCAGUGCCAGAUGGGCGACGACGGGGCCCUGGUGAAAGCGUCGUUUGGCACCCACAAAGAUCCCUACGAAGAGUGGUCGUACAGCGACUUCUUCAGUGAAGACGGGAUAGUCCUGGAGUCGCAGGUGGUGCUCCCCGUCAUUUACGAGCUGAUCUCCUCCCUCGUCCCCCCGGCUGAAAACAAGAGACUUCCCCUGGACUUCACAAGUUUACCGUACUGCUCCAUCAGCGAAGGGGACAGCCUCAUCCUGCCCAGCGUCGGCUCCAUCUCGGCCCUGCUUCAGAGCCUGCAGGAGUCCAGCCAGUGGGAGCUGGCCCUGGGCUUCGUGGUCCGCGCCUUCGGCACCUGUCUCCAGUACUCCGUGUCCAACUUCAUGAACGCCGGCUUGAGUGAAAAGCUGUUUGGAGGGGCCUCGUUAGCUAAGUCCAGGCAAGUUAUCAUGGCGCUGAAGGAGAAGGCCGUGCCGUUCGUCCGGGGAAACGCCACGACCCUGCUGCACAAGGUUUUUAAUUGUCGCCUGGUGGACCUUGACUUGGCCUUGGGUUACUGCACCCUCUUACCCCAAAAAGAAGUGUUUGAAAAUCUCUGGAAGCUCGUAGAUAAAGCAUGGCAGAAUUACGACAAAAUUUUGGCGAUCUCGCUGGUGGGCUCUCAGCUGGCCAGGCUGUAUCAGGAGGCAGAAGUGGAGCUGAAGUUCCGUGAACUCAGCACGGAUGCCCGGUGGGGCAUUCGCCUCGGUAACCUUGGUAUUUCUUUUCAGCCAGUUUUCAGGCAGCAUUUCCUGACCAAGAAAGACCUGGUGAAAGCCCUCGUGGAGAACGCAGAUACGGACACGAGCCUCCUUCUGGAGUACUGCAGCACCUUCCAGCUGAACGGGGACGCGGCCCUGCAGCUGUUCAUCGAGACCCUGCUGCACAACACGAACGCCAGCCAGGGCGACGUGGGCCCGGACGCGGCCGCGCAGCCACACUCCCGACUCCUGGCCAAGGCCCUGGAGAUGGUGCCCCUGCUGACCAGCACCAGGGAGCUGGUCAUCAGCCUCAGCGGCAUCCUGCAUAAGUUGAAUCCCUAUGACUAUGAAAUGGUCGAAAUUGUCCUGAAAGUUAUCGAAAGAGCUGAUGAAAAAAUAACCAACAUUAAUAUAAAUCAGGCGUUGAGUCUCCUACAACACUUGAAGUCAUACAGGAGGAUCUCCCCGCCGGUGGACCUCGAGUACCAGUACAUGCUGGAGCACGUAAUCACUCUGCCGGCGGCCGCCCACACCAGACUGCCCUUUCACCUGAUAUUUUUUGGCACAGCACAGAACUUCUGGAAAAUUCUCUCUAUGGAACUCAGCGAAGAGUCCUUCCCGACGCUGCUCUUAAUUUCUAAGCUAAUGAAGUUCUCCCUAGACACUCUGUACGUGUCCACGGCCAAGCACGUCUUCGAAAAAAAGCUGAAGCCGAAGCUCAUGAAGUUACCGCAGGCCAAGUCCUCCCCGCUGAUGAACAAGGAGAUCUGCAAGAUCACCCAGACCAUCGAGUCCUACUUGCUGUCCAUCGUGAACCCGGAGUGGGCCGUGGCCAUCGCCAUCAGCCUUGCCCAGGACGUCCCAGAAGGCUCCUUCAAGAUGUCCAGCUUGAAGUUCUGCCUGUAUCUGGCCGAGAGGUGGCUACAGAACAUCCCCCCGAAGGACGAAGCACGUGAGAAAGCCGAGGCUCUGCUGAAGAAGCUUCACAGCCAGCACCGGCGGUCCGGCACGGAGGCCGUGCUCAUCGCCCACAAGCUGAACACGGCCGAGUACCUGCGGGGCGUCGGGAGGCCGGCGCACCUCAUCGUCAGCCUGUACGAGCACCCGAGCAUCAACCACAGGAUGCAGAGCCCCUCCGGCAGGGACUGUCCCGAUAUCCACGCAGCCGCUAAAGAGAUAGCCGAAGUCAACGAGAUCAACUUGGAGAAAGUCUGGGACAUGUUGUUGGAAAAAUGGCUGUGCCCGCCCACGAAACCCGGCGAAAACCCAUCCGAAAUAUUUGAACUUGAAGAAGACGAAGCGCUUCGGAGAGUCCUGUACCUGCUCCUGUCUCGUCCGAUUGACUACAGCUCCAGGAUGCUGUUCAUAUUCGCCACGUCAGCCACCACCACGCUGAGCACGCACCAGCUGACCUUCGCCCACAGGACGCGGGCCCUGCAGUGCCUCCUCCACCUGGCCGACAGGGAGACGAUAGAGUCGCUCUUCAAGAAACCCCUCGGGGAAGUGAAAUCUUACUUGAAAUGUAUAACUUUUCUGGCAUCGUUCGAGGCUUUGAAUAUCCCCAUCACGUAUGAACUGUUCUGCAACAGCCCUAAGGAAGGGAUGAUCAAGGGCCUGUGGAAGAACCACAGCCACGAGUCCAUGGCGGUGAGGCUGGUGGCUGAGCUUUGUUUAGAAUACGGGAUCUACGACCUGCAGCUGUGGAACGGGCUCUUGCAAAAGCUUCUCGGUUUCCACAUGAUUCCUUACCUAAGGAAAGUCUUAACAGCCAUUUCUAGUAUCCAUUCUUUAUGGCAGGUGCCCUACUUCAGCAAGGCCUGGCAGCGAGUGGUCCAGAUGCCCCUGCUCGCAGCCUCGUGCCCUUUAAGCCCCAGCCAGUUAGCAGAUUGUCGUGAGAGCCUCGUUGCUAUUCUCGAGUGUCCGGUUUCAGGCGACCUCGACCUGGUUGGCGUCGCCCGGCAGUACGUGCAGCUGGAGCUCCCGGCCUUCGCCCUGGCCUGCCUCAUGCUCAUGCCCCACUCGGAAAAAAGGCACCAGCAGAUCAAGAACUUUCUGAGCUCGUGCGAUCCUCAGAUCAUUUUACAGCAAUUAGAAGAGCAUAUGAGUACCGGCCAGUUGGCAGGAUUUUCCCAUCAAAUUCGAAACCUAAUUCUGAAUAAUAUCAUAAAUAAGAAGGAGUUUGGGAUUUUGGCAAAGACGAAAUACUUUGAGGUGUUGAAACUGCACACAAUGAACACCGGCAGCAUCACUGACCUAGUCAACUAUUUGGCAAAUGAACUAAGUUUGGAUGAAGCUUCCGUCUUCGUGGCCGAAUACUCAAAGCACCGGGGGAGCCCUGUGCCCGCGGAUGCCGCGCCCUGCGAGAUUCUGAAGGUAAAGCGGCCGCGGCUCCCUGGACUCGAACCUGACGCCAUCUCCAUUCCCAGGGUCGUGAAAUGGAGCUGGCUUGCUCUGGAGAUGGGUGUAUUUUUGCAUGUGCCUGCGUGUACUUUUGUAUUUUACUUUCUGUGUAAGAGAGUGCCGGGUGAGAAAUGGAGAGGCCAUGGUUCUCCGCUGAGCCCUGCGCCCAGCGACCGCGUGGCCCCUGGCCAGGCGCCGACCCCGGGUCCGCUGUGGUCUUCACGGCUGGACCCCGGUCCCUCGGGCGCCUUGCAGCUUCCCGAUUCCUCCCGGGGUCUCGUUGCUCACGCCGAGUGCAGCUCUGGGGCUCAAGGGGCAUCAGUGAAUGUUGCGCUUGAGUAGUAAGUGCUCUCACUUCGCCCUUCUAGUUACCUGAGACAUAAUUAUUCGCUAUGGAAAAGAGACAUUUGCAACAG